GCGGGUCUGCGGGACGGCUGCGAGCCGCCGCCGGGAGGGCGUGACUGGGCAAGGCUGGAGGUUCGGCUUCUUCGCGCCGGCGGCAUCCAGAUGUGCAAGGCACCGGCCGCCAGGGAGGCUUCGCCGCGCAGCCCCGGCCCGAACGCCCUGCAGGAGGUUUGUCCCUGCCUGCGCGCCGUGCCCUGAGCUCUCAAGCAGCGAAAGCGCGCGGACAUGGGCGAGACCAUGUCAAAGAGACUCAAGUUGCACCUCGGAGAGGCGGAGAUGGAGGAGCGGGCGUUCCCCAACCCCUUCCCGGACUAUGAGGCCGCCGCCUCCGGCGCGGGAUCCGUCGCUGGAGCCGCGGAGGAAACCGGCCGAGUUUGCCCUCUCCCCACCACAGAGGACCCGGGCCUCCCCUUCCACCCCAACGGGAAGAUUGUUCCUAACUUUAUAAAGCGCAUCCAGACCAAAAUCAAAGAUCUUCUCCAGCAAAUGGAGGAAGGACUGAAGACAGCUGACCCUCACGAUUGCUCUGCGUAUACUGGUUGGACAGGCAUAGCACUUUUGUACCUGCAGCUGUACCGGGUCACUGGUGACCAGACCUACCUGCUCCGAUCCCUGGAUUACGUGAAGAGAACCCUCCGAAAUCUGAGUGGUCGCAGAGUCACUUUCCUUUGUGGAGAUGCUGGGCCCCUUGCUGUGGGAGCUGUGAUAUAUCAUAAACUCAAAAGUGAAUGUGAGUCCCAGGAAUGCAUCACCAAACUUCUACAGAUGCAUAGAACCGUUGUCUGUCAAGAGUCGGAGCUUCCUGACGAGCUGCUGUAUGGACGGGCAGGUUACCUGUAUGCCUUACUGUACCUGAAUACAGAGAUUGGUCCCGGCACUGUUGGUGAGACAGCUAUUAAAGAGGUAGUCACUGCUAUUAUUGAGUCAGGAAAGACUUUGUCAAGGGAAGAAAGGAAAACUGAGCGCUGCCCCCUGUUAUAUCAGUGGCACAGGAAGCAAUAUGUUGGAGCAGCCCAUGGCAUGGCUGGAAUCUACUACAUGUUAAUGCAGCCAGAAGCAAAAGUGGAUCAAGAAACCUUAACAGAAAUGGUGAAGCCUAGUAUUGAUUAUGUGCGCCACAAAAAAUUCCGAUCUGGAAAUUACCCAUCUUCAUUAAGCAACGAAACAGAUCGAUUGGUCCACUGGUGCCAUGGGGCUCCAGGCGUCAUCCACAUGCUCUUACAGGCGUACCAGGUUUUUAAGGAGGAAAAAUACUUGAAAGAGGCCAUGGAGUGCAGCGAUGUGAUUUGGCAGCGAGGUCUGCUCCGGAAAGGCUAUGGAAUCUGCCACGGCACCUCUGGAAAUGGUUAUUCCUUUUUGUCCCUUUACCACCUUACACAAGAUAAGAAGUACCUCUAUCGAGCCUGUAAGUUUGCAGAGUGGUGUCUAGAUUACGGAGCACAUGGGUGUCGCAUUCCUGACAGACCUUAUUCCCUCUUUGAAGGUAUGGCUGGUGCUGUACACUUUCUCUCUGAUAUCUUGGUACCAGAGACAUCACGGUUUCCAGCAUUUGAACUUGGCGUUUUACAGAAAGAUUAAAAAGGUGCAAAAAGACAACUAACAUACCCGUUGGACCAAAAGCCACCUGACUGAUUAGUGCCUGACACAGAACUUACUGAGAAAUCCUAAAAGACAAAGAAAAAUAAAAGGGCAAAAGUCUCCACAGGCCCCUUUUGUUGCAAAGAUCCCCAAAUUAGAGCAUGAGCGAUAGAAACUACAUCAUCAGCAUUUUGUGACUGUGUUUCCCUUAAUGGUGAAAUAUGAAUUCUUCAUAUCUAGGCUCCCUGUAGUGUGCAUGUUUCUUGGUGCUUGUCUAUAGGUGUAAACUGACUAACUAGAAAAGCCACACUUGUCACACGAACUCUUAGCUGAGCACGUGUGUUUAAGGCAACAGCCCCACAUUUUUGUACAUAGUAUCUAGAGUGUCCUCUCUAUCAACAAAGAAACAGUUGUGUGACGUGUCUUAAACAUCAGCUAGCAAAUCUAGAUACCCUGUGAGAAAACCAUGUUAGCAUUUCCCGUGGGCCAUUUUCAGAAGAACACGAGUGAAAGACAGCUCCCUGAACCGGAAGGAAAGUGUGCGAGUCAGCGUGCACUGUGGAGCUCGGGAAGGCACAGCUGCCUCCCUUAUUGUUAUCUUACAGUCAGCACAGUUAGUGACUGAACAUUAGCAAUUCCCAGACAUGUUAUUAAAACACACUCCACCUGUCAGUCAGCACUAUAGCUUAUUGCUGUGUAAAACAGAGUAGAUAUAAUGCCAGCCCGAUCCACCCAUGCCCCUUCAAAAGUUUAUUUCACAUUUUGAUAAAGUUAUGAAUUUCAAAUUAAUACAUUCCUUAUUUUCAUACAAAUUGAAGUAAUAAAAUAGAUUCUACGCUGAAUUUAUACACAUAAGGAACAAAGUAUUGUAACCAAGACAUAUUUAUCUAGGUGAUUUUUAAAUUAUUUUUAAGGACAUUAAGUUGGAUUCAUCUAUGGUUAGUAACCCUGUCACAUAAAUUUCAGAAUUUGGUUAUUGUACAUGAUACAAGUGUGCUAGAUUUCCUAAGCAUGUUUUGUUGUGGAAAUAAUGUCAUAAAAGACAAAGCAGGAUUGUGUAAUAAUCUGGACCUCAGUACUUUCAGACUGUGGCCAUGCAUGGACCAUUUUGAGUGUUGGACCUUGCUUGUGGGGCUGGUACCCUAAACAUCCAGCCUUCAGUUUCCAUCCAGGUGAUGCCUGAGUCUCUUCACACAUGUACUCUUGAUUCUAAAUCAUGACUGUUCUGUUCACCGUGGGUUGAUUACUUCCACGUGUAUAAAUCCCUAGGAUUAUCCUUUAACUCACUUCCUGAGCCUGAUAAUGGGCUUCUCGGGGCUGUCCAGUAAGUACCUCGUUACCUGAAGGUAGGGCAAACCAUCCCAAACAGGCUGAGGGGAAGCCUUUGUGCACAAGACCUCAUGAGCUGUCAGUCUCAUCUGAACCAAACAUUUUUCAUCUUCUUAACCAUUUCAUCAAAAAUAAUACACGGCAGAGCUAAUCUCUGGGACCCUGAUUGCUUACUUUCUUGAAGGAAGCCCUUUUCUGAGUCAGGGUGGCAGCUUGUAGGGAUUUGACCAAGGCCCUCAGGCGGCAGUAGCAGUGGUGAGGCUCCCCUUAUGUGCACUCAUACCUGUCCCUUUCUGACCAACAUGGCUGGCGGGAGAAAAAUAAAACACCCAUGGGGUGAGUGGGGACGGCUUUGUUUACAGAUUUCCUUUAAGACAGGUGGAUUGUUGCCUUCCUCCUCACCUUGGUGAGUCGACAGGUGUGCCUCUUGGUCUCUACAUUGACGUCUUCCCUCCUACUCUGCACAUGGCUGCUGUGCUACAGAAGCUGCAGCCCCUUCCCAUGAGGCAAAGGAGAAUGGCUUGAAAACUGGGACUGUGGGCUCACAUUUAACCAUUUGAUACCUUUAAGUGAUUGAAAUCAAAUUUAAGAACAUCUCACUUUUGUUUCUUAGGCUUGUUUUAUGUCAACAACUGUAUUAUAAAUGUGGUGAAAAUUUAAAAAUGCGUACACACAGAAUACCAUUAAAAUCUGGAGGGAAAAAGUUACUGUCCACAGAAAGUGUUUGGGGUUCUUUGGUUUUGUUAAUAAAAGACAGUUUUGUGGUGAUAAUUUA